CUGCCGGGGGACGGACCCGCCGACCGGCUCCUGGAGAACGGGGCGCGAUCCCUGACCAGUGCCGAGCUGCUCGGUCUCGUGCUCGGUCCGGGUCGGAACGAUCUGGCCCGCGGGCUCCUCGAGGACGUCGGGGGCGUCGCGCGUCUCAGCCAGACUCCGCUUGGCCAAUUGGCUGAGAGGCUUUCGCGAGCGCGGCUCAUCCGCUUGGCCGCCGCCCUCGAGCUGGGGCGCCGGGCGGGUUAUCCGGCGGACGGCCAGGUGCCGUGCUUCCGAAACCCGGCGGAGGUGGCGCGCUAUCUCAUCGCCCGCUUCGGGAACUGCGAAGUCGAGGAGUUCGGGAUCCUGAUGCUCGACAGUCGGGGCUGUCUGCGCCGGGCCGAAAUCAUCUCGCGAGGCUCGCUUACCGGAGCCCCCGUUCAUCCCCGGGAUUUAUUCCGGCUUGCCGCCGCCUAUCAGGCGGUAUCGCUGAUCCUGUUCCACAAUCACCCCUCGGGAGAUCCCGAGCCCUCGGAAGCGGACCGUCAACUCACCCGGCGCCUUCAGGAAGCCGGAGCGAUCAUGGGAAUCCCGGUUCUCGAUCACCUGGUGAUCGGCGCCGGGAAAUGGCAUAGCUUCAGCGAAGCGGGCGCGCUCUGA